AUGCUGAGUGUGUCUCCGAGAGCCCACGUGAAGCCGAGGCGGAAGUCCAGAGGAGGGUGGAGCAAAGCAGUUCCGACCGCGAAGCGGCGCGAGAAGGCGAAAGUUCAGAGGAUGACCACAGGAUGCUUGUGCCUUCUCUCUUCAGAUUCGCGCAUCUCCUCCUCCCCGCCUUCUCGUGCGCCGGGAGGUCGAGGCCGGCUGCGGGGCGCAUGCGCGGAGAAGGAAACUGUGGAAGGCAAGGAUGCACUUGAGACGCGUUCUCUUGCAGCCUCACUGGCUACCGAAACGGAAGAUGGGGAAACCAGUCAGGGGCCAAGUGGCGAAGACGAAGACGCGGAAGAGCGAGAAGACGAGGAAGUGCCGGAAACCUUUCGGCCUCGGCACUUGCCUCCAAAGUCGCCUGAGGAAGUAAAAAGGCAUCUUCAGCUUGUCCAGGAAGUCGAACGCCGUUUCUUCUCCACAGUUCUGCAAGAAGCGCACGACGAGGCGCUGAGGAAGCGCGUGGCCUACGUCCGAGAUUUCCGGCUGUCGCGUCUCACCAGCAUUUGGCAAGAGGAACUCCUGCCGUCUUGGGCUCCAGGGACGCCGCCCUCCGACCGCGUCAAGGCCUUUUGGAGACAGGGAGUGCCUCCGAAGAUUCGCGAGAUUUUAUGGCCACGUGCGAUCGGUAACGCUCUGCGCGUCACCAGAGACCUUUUCCAAAUCAAUCUCGAAAAGGCCAGGCGGUGCCGUCGUCAGGCUGAGGCGAAAAGAGAAUCUGAACACACGCGUUGCUGGCAGGCUUCUUCCUCGUCGUUGUCUUCUCCCGCCUCUUCAUCGUCGUCUUCCUCUUCAUCUUCUUCGGCUUCGUCGUCCGAGUCAUGCAUAACGGUUGUUGGUGGAAAGGCCGCGGAGGCAGUGGCGACGGGCGGUGCUGCGAGAGGGACAAAAGCGACGGAGAAAGCCGGCGGUCUUCAAGGAGCGAAGAAACCCGGAGGAUGGGAAGCAGACGAUCGAUCUCCACGACGCGACAGCAGUGCGGACGAGGGCGAGGAGACACCUGGGAAGCAGAGCGCCGAAGAAAGGCCAGAGGGAGAAGAAUGCUCCCCGCAAAGUUGCGGCAGAGGCCCGAUGACGGAGGACCUGGACGUUGAAAGGCUGAGUCGCGAGUCGUCCUAUGAAGCCAUUGUGUUCGAUCUAACUCGGACAUUUCCGACUCUGGCGUUCUUCAAUGUGAACGGGCCUCUGUACGGAGACUGUCAAAACAUUCUGGAGGCUUGGGCCUUUUACCGACCUGACGUCGGCUACGUUCAGGGAAUGUCGUACUUGGCAGCCAUGCUGCUUAUCUACCUCGAUCCCUUCCCCGCGUUUGUCUGUCUGUGCAACUUGCUCAACACUCCGACGCUGCUGGGCAUGUAUCGCAUGCAAACUGAGACGGUGCACAAGCGCUACAAAAUUUUCGAUCAGCUGCUCAUGGAGAACUGCCCGGAACUCGCUUUGCAUCUUGAGGCCGUCGGCGUGCCGCCGGAGCUUUACUUGCUGGAGUGGUUCCUCACGCUCUUCACCAAGGCAAGCAGAUGGGGCCGAAGCGUCUCUGGGCGACCGAUCUUUUCCUCAGCUUUGGGCAUCGAUGUCGCCUCCUUCGUCUGGGACUGUUUCUUUCUUGAGGGCGAGGUUGUGCUCUACGUUGUCUCCGUCGCCCUCAUGGCGCUCCUCGAAAAAGAUCUCCUUGCAUGCACCGAUGUGGCCGAAGCGAGCAUUCUCCUGGCCGGCAUCAGUCGCCGCAUGCGUCACGGCGAGGCGCUUCUGGUCGAGAAAAUGAAGCGGGUGCGGGUCAGCUGCCGCGUGCGCAUGCAAAUUUUGCAACUGGACAGAGAGUUUUCUGUGCUCCCGCAGUAA